AUGAUGGUUACCGAAUGUUUGGGAAGCUGUUACAACCAGCUUCCUCAGCCCGAGGUGGUGCUGAGCCCUGAAGAUUCGGAAUUAAACUACUACCUUUGGAUGCCCGGAGUACAGUAUCAGCCCCGUUUACAAAGGAAAUUGACGGAGUUGCGUUCCAUUACUGCUGAAUCUGAAGUCAUCUCUGUGGACGAGGUCGUCGAAGAAGUGAUUGCCAAGGAUGAGCUUUUCGUUAAAUUCAAUGAGGGUGCUACUGACGGCAUGAUGGAUUUGAAGACUGCUGCUGAAUUCAUUCGUGAGCUCGGUGCUACUCCUUCUCAGGCUGAGCUCGUCGAGUACAGCGCUACCAACGGCAACGCGUUGACAUUUGAACAGCUCAAGGAACUUCUUGCUAUUUGCAUGUACCCUAAGGAGGACGCCGCUUACCUCCAGAAGGUUCUUUGUGGAUUAUCGAAGGACCAGGAGAAGAUCGAGUUCUCUCACUUAGAGUACAUCAUGGGUAACUACGGAGAGCCAUUGACAGCUGAGGAAUUGGCCGCCGUGAAGUCCACCAUCUUCAACUCUAACGAAAGUCUCGCUUGCGGCGAGUUGGCUAUGAAGAUUGCGUAA